UAUUAGUCUACUAAUUUCAACCAGGGCGCGCUGUGUUUUAUCCCUGCGAGAAAAGAAAACACACAACAAAAACCGACGGGCAACUAUUUCUAUCUUUUAUCCCACCUUUUGUCAUUGUGAUGAGAAUGGAUAUUGGUGAAGUGUAAUAUGAUGGCUCUUACUGGAGACGAAGACAUACCUCAGAAGAAGGUUGUCUUGCCCAAGGCUCUCCAUGACCUUGAGAAGGUUGGCGACCUUCCCAAGAAACAGGAGAGAUGGAACACUAAUGAGGAGAUAGCCUUCUGGUUGACCCGGUUUGACAAGCAUUAUCAAUGGCUGGCAUCGACGGUGAAGAUCAGGGCAGAGAGUGGCAGCAUGUUCCUUUACAAUCGGAAGAAGGUGAAAUACAGGAACGAUGGAUAUCUGUGGAAGAAAAGGAAAGAUUGCAAGACAACCAGGGAAGAUCACAUGAAACUCAAAAUCAAAGGAGUGGAUUGUCUCUAUGGCAACUACGUUCACUCGGCCAUCAUCCCGACAUUCCACAGAAGAUGUUAUUGGCUCCUCCAGAAUCCUGACAUCAUCCUGGUCCAUUACCUGAACGUCCCGGUCACCGAGGACCGUAAGCUGACCCUGGAAUCCUUGACCAAUGGCUCUCUGAUUGACCUUCCUCAGCACGAUGGAACCAACUGGUCAACUGAAGAUCUCAUCAAGCAGAUCACUCCAAUGUUACAUGGAUACCAGAUACAGCUGAAUGGAUCCCAAGAGCUCACACCAUCUGCCUCUGCUGAAGUGAUAGCCCAGUACCUGCUGCAUGGACAUCGUCAGAACAACAGUGAUUCCAGGAACUGUAGCUGUUUAGACUGCACUACCCUAAGGAUCAUGGCUCAGGUGCCACCUAGUCCUGCAAGUUCCUGUAGCAGUCACACUGCAUCUGUUGCAUCCACCAGUCAGGGGUCUAUCCAUCACUCGGACAACAACAUCAAAUCAUGCAGCAACCAAAACACGUUGUCCAACGCUAUAUCCAACAAAGUCAAGAUGGAUGACAGUGGCAAUAUUAACCUGUUGAUUGUGGUAGCCAACCAGAACAAUGCAGGCAACAACAAACUCCAGGUGAAGAGUAUUGCCCCUGUGGACUCUUCGCAGAAUAUCUCUGAAGUCCUCAAAGGACUCGGCAAUGUGCAAUGUGUGACUGAUGUCAGUACGAACGGUUGGGGUCCAUCUGAGGGUAAUGUGGAUUCUAGCAGGAUUGGAAUGAAUGGAGUCAAUGGACAACUUCAGAAUCACUCUGGGAUGUCUUCACCAAUGACUCCUAGAGGACAUGUAGAGUCACCGAGUGGUUCCCAAGGAACAGUCCCUCUUGCAGCACAUCAAUCCCAGUGCUAUGAUCUCCAUAGUUCCCAUUUUCAUCAGAACACCAAUUCUAUGAACCAUAUUCCUUCAGGUAUUCACCAAGGUACUGGACCUCAAAUAUCCCUUCAACAAACACUGCAAGAGCAGCAGAGACAUUCCGGAGGGCAACCCUUCAGGCAAGGGUCUUUGAAUCCAGCUGGUCAAGGAACACAGAAUUCUCUACCGCAAGCCUCACACCAAGGUCGAAGCAUCCUUAGGUCUCCGCAGUUAAUAGUGUCAUCCCCGCAAUUGAUUCCCAAUCAAGAGGCGCAUCAGGUGCCUCAGCUCUUGUCUACUGGAACCCAACAGUGCAAUCCUUUCAAUCUAUCCAGAGAAACAAUGGAAUCCAUAAGAUUAGGAAACCAAAUCAAAUCCACAAGUCACUCACCAGCAACCAGCGCCCACUCAGUACACACAGUGCAGGAACCAGGUACUUUCAAAAUGCCAGGAUUUAGUUUGCCAGCAGAGAAUAGACCUAUCGGUUCUCCACAAUUGAUUCUCCAGCAAGUACCCUCAAAUUCCUCAACAAAACCUCCACAGUUUAUUCUCAAGGCUUCUGAGUCAAAGGCAGGUGAAAUUCCAAAAUUUAUUCUCAAACCCGCAGAAGGCACAGUGGCAAUGACGGCACAAGGUUUAGCUUCCCCGCAGUUCAUCCUGAAGGCUGUGUCUUCUGGAGAUUCUGGAAAUCCACACCUGGUUCUAGCCUCGCCGCAGACACCUAACAAUGCAACAAUCCAUGCAAAAGAAAGCUAUUUAAACAAUUUAGUGUCACAGUCUGAAUCAAAUCCAUCAUUGCUUCAGAUGGUAGCUGAUGCAAACAUUGCAGCUGCAGAGACAAGGAAUAGUUUUGAUGGAAGAUCAAACUUGCCAUCAGAAUUCCCAUCAAAUUCACAACAAUCAGAUGUCACAUGGGUAGGGCAGAUUGAAAAUGACAGCCAAACAUCACAAGGAAACUCAAACACCCACAGUGGGCAACUGAAGAUUACAGGGCAGGAAUCCCAGGAGCUGAGAGAGUUGGUGAACGGAGAUCCAAAGCUCAAGACCUUGGAGAAUCGCUUCAAAGACCACCGCAGCGACCUUGUCAUGCUCCCAGAGAGAGUGCAGGAACACUAUCUACAUCGACAGACAGAUGCAAGAACAAACAAUGAAGAAAAGACACCUCAAGAUUUUGGAACAGGGGGAUCUCACCAAGGCUCUACGUCUAAUGCAUCUCAGCCAGAGAUGCAAGGGACCAGUAAUGAUAAAGCAGAUCCCACCCACCUGUCUCAAAAAGGCCAAGUCCAUCAAAGUCGCAGCCCUAGUCGGGUAGACAUGACUUAUCAACAUUCUGUGAACAGCAGCAACAUCUACUGCCAGAAUGAACACUCUGAAUUCCCCACCUUGUCCGAGUUCAAUGCCAUGGAUCAGGAUGGCAACUUCUCUCCCAACGACCAGAACUCUGUUCUCUCCGAUCUCCUGUCUGCCAGUGGUUCCUUUCACAAUUCAAUGGGGCUGGCUGAGUCUGGGCAUGACUUCACCAAGUCAGGCAGCGCUACAUCAGAUCUUGGUUCCCUCCCCAGUCCUUCUAACAUCGAGCUGGACUUUGAUACCUUUGAGCUCAUGGAGAGCCCUCUCCCAGAGCUUGGAGCUGCUCUCCUUGCUUCAUCCAGUCCGAAUCCAAGUCUCGGGGACUUCGACCAUGGUGCAAACCAGGAGCAGCCGGUACCUCAACACAACAGCCACGAUGCAAGACCAAGGGAUGCAGGUGAUGAAGAUCACUCUGGAGAACACCUCUGUGAGAUCACUGACUUCUCACCGGAUUGGUCCUACACUGAGGGUGGAGUGAAGAUCUUAGUAACAGGACCUUGGCAUUCCACUCAAGAUGUCUACAGCUGCAUCUUUGACCAGACCAAUGUGGCAGCAGCUCUUGUACAGACUGGUGUCCUACGCUGCUAUAGUCCAGCCCACGAGGCAGGGAAGUGCGCUCUUCAUGUGACCUGUAAUGGGGUACUGAUCUCUAAGCCUCUCAUGUUUGAAUACCGAGCACGGACUAACCAGUAUGUUGCAGGGUCACAUGACUGGCUUUCCUUAGAUGGUAAGUCUAACCCCCACACCCCCUUCAUCUGCUUGUGUAUUACAGAGAAUCGAUUCAAGAUGGCUAUCCUAGAGCGCCUAGAACAGAUGGAGCAGAGACUUGGUACCAAAGGCAAUCAAGGGAGAAGCCAGCCUCCAGGAAGUACGCAAUCCGGUUCCUUUGAAGACAGAGUCUUUGGUAUCUGUCAGGACCUGAUGAGGCAGAGACCCCCGACCAGUGUUCCUCAGAUCCAGACCGUUACUCGACCAGACCACGGCAUGACACUCCUUCACCUAGCAGCGGCGCUUGGGUUCAGCCGCCUCAUAUCCACUCUCUUCUUAUGGAGGAGAGAUCAUAACAGCAUAGCGGCAGAGCUGGAACUAGACCCAAUGAACAUGGACAAUGCAUCCUGUACCCCACUGAUGUGGGCGUGUGCUCUAGGUCACAUGGAGUCUGCCCUUCUGCUGUACCGCUGGCGACCCCACUGCCUGAAGAUGAGUGACUCCCUUGGUCGGCUUCCUCUGGACGUUGCCAAGUCUCGAGGGCACACCUCCCUUGCAGAUUCGCUCGUCCAGCUCGGUCAAGAAGAAUCUCACCUCUGGUCUCCCCUAGAUGCUUCCCCAUCCCCUAAGAGUGAUCCCAUACAGAUACCACAGAGUGGACGCAACGUCCUACCAGCAUUCAUGGUGUCCUCACCAGCCACCAACACACCAAGUUCAUCCCUGUCUGAUGACUCAGCACCCAUCUUUGAAGCUCAGUCACCGUCAUCGGGAUGCCUGUCAAAUCUCUCAGGGAGUCCUGUCUCGCAGGGGCUGGUGACACCCAACAUGGGAGCCUCGCCACAGAUGUCACCCAGGCUGCAGGACUUACCGGGGACGUCGUCAGGAUCGCUUGGCAACAUGCUCAACGUCCAACAAGGGUUCCUGCGUAGGGACAGCGGAGUGAGCGUCAAGUCCACCAGUCCUCAUCACCAUCAUGGCCAAAGCCACGCCCACCAUCUAUCCUCUAGCCCCCAGUUUCCUGCAGGGGGCAUCCCCAUGCCUAUCCCGCCUCCUAUAUCCCAAGCGACCCUCAAGGCAUUCCUCAGCGGGAGCCAGAUCCUGGGUAACCUGGACCCUGCGGAGCUGAUGGGGCUUCAUCCUUUGGGAGACAGGGAGCAUGCAGAUCAGAAGGAGAUGUGGGAGAGCUUUGUCAAGGAGCUUCAGGUAGCCGCUCAACAGCAGGAAGACCAGGGAGAUGGGGUCGGGGAGGACGAACAACGUUGUGAUUCUCCUAUGCAGACGGAUGACUACAUGCCACUUCUCAUGCCUAGAUCUGCAGCUGGAAACAAGGAGCAGUACUUAUCCCUGGCAGAGCACAUCCUGGACGCGCUCCCUGAUCGGAUCAAGCUGGAGGGCUCCAGGGAGGGCUCCAGGGGUAGCGUAGCAGGAUCCCAGGUGGAGUCUGAGGGACCUCAUGUACAGGUGGAUCAGGAGUCCCUCCAUGACUCCAUCAGCUCCAUCGCAAGCCCUUUCUCCAGUCCUGGAGGUGUGGAGGACGCCCUCUAUAGGCCUAGCAUUGAUAGCUCACCCGCAAGCUCGUACAGUGGGGCGGAGUCGUCUUGUCGUGCUUCUAGUAGCCCUAGUAACAUCAGCUUUGAUGAAGACUUCCCGCCAGCAGACUGGAGCGAGUUCUUACAGGGAUCUGGACAUGCUUUGCAAUGGGCUUUCUCUAUACUCACACUGUCUGAUGAAGAGCAAAGGCAGUUGUACAAAGCUGCUAUCGUGAUCCAGAAUGCCUUCAGACAAUACAAGGGAAGACAACAGCAGAAGCAGCAAGAAUUGGAGGCGGCAGUGAUUAUCCAGAGCUACUACAGGAGAUAUAAAGAGUAUUUCCACUACAAGUCCAUGUCUGAGGCUGCCAGGGUGAUUCAGAACAAGUUCCGCUCCUUCCAGAGCUACCGACAGUUCCAGCGGAGUCGCAAGGCAGCCAUCAUCAUUCAGAACAGCUACAGGACGUACCGGGCUCAGGAACAGUUCAGGAAGAGUCGAGAUGCUGCCAUUCUCAUCCAGCAGAGAUUCAGGGACAAGAGGAAGGCACGGAUGAAGCGGGAGCAGGAAGCGGCGCGGAAGAUACAAAGGUUUCUAAGAAGAUACCAUAAUAGAGUGAUAAGUCAGAAGAAGAGGCAAGGUAACCGAAUGAAGCAAGGAACCACUUGACUGAGAAGGGACAGACGGAGGUUCAAAUCUCUGCUAGAUUAAUCGGCACAGACCACGCCUUCACAGUGUGACCAGUCAACAAGACGGUAAUCGGUUAUGCACGACAUUCGGUGACUUGGUACAGAGGAAGGGUCACACAUGUUGGAUAGUGCGCCCUCUGUAGUUUGGCUGCAUGGACCCCGUGUUCAUGUCGCCUUGAAGUCAUGUAGGGAAGGUUGCGAAAGGAAGGAGUCCUAUCGAGGGAAAGUGCAAAAGCGUAUGCUGCAGAUUUGAAAAUGUAGUAAUUUAUUGGCGUUGUGAUGUUGGAAGAGAUAGAUACACUUGUCGAUGCCUCACUGAGUAGUGAGAAUAGCAGCUGAUGUUCAAGUUUGUAGCUAUUCCUGCUGUUUGAGGAGGCUGGAGUUAUGAUCACUUUGUAAGGCUGCCUAUUUGUAUCAAAGAAAUGUCUACCUUUGAAAGGACACAUUCUUUGAAGUUGCCCUGCUAUACAGGUUUGACUGUAUACCAAGGAGCAGAAAAUUGAAUAGCUUCAAAGCUAUAAAGGUGUGUUCAUGAAGAUGCAUGGUAUAUGUAUCUACAUUAUUAAGCUUGAUUGAUUGAGGAAAAGAGCACAGUAGAUGAUUUAGAUUGAUCUCAGAAGCUGGGUUGAGUGGCACGAGUGCCGUAAAGGUGUUUAGAUUUGUUGACGUCUCAAGUUGAUUGAAAUUGAUUUAGGGAAAUGUGACA